ACAGGUACCUGCCUUACAGAUAGAGGAGGACAGGCAUAUUCCCAUUACCAGCGACAUCUUGAAACGCGGUCAGACCAUCCGCGAAUGCGAGAUAUACAUUUGUAGCAAAGCAGACAAUCACGAUGAAGCAUUUUCUAAGGUUUGACUGCAAAUUCAUUGCAUGCAGAUGGGGAAGCGAGUCUAUCCUGUGAGCAGUAACUCUCAGCAACCGGACUCAAACAGGGUACUGACCCAGUUGCUGGUGUUCUUGUACUGUAAGUGUUUGUGGCGGGGCCUAAAGUUUGUGAUCAGGAAGGUGACAGGACGAUGUGAGCUUCAACGCAUCUGUUACAAUAACAAACCCGGUGCUCGAAGGACGCUCAAGAUCGAAUCCUCACUCAAAUGUUCUAAACAUGAGCUUUUGCAGUCUGCCAUCAGCGUUCACCCAGAUUCUGUAGAGAAAACUAUUGAUGAUAUUUUGUCCCUGAAAAAGAUCAACCUUGACACUAACCCACAGCUUGGGAUCUCUCUCCAGGCUUGCCUUCUUCAGAUUGUAGGUUAUCGAAACCUAGUAGUGGAGGUGGAGAAGCUGCGUAGAGAGCCAUACGACUGUGAAAACCCAACACAUGAGGAGAUGCUCAUGAAGCUGUGGAAGGAACUCCGUCCUGAUUCUCCUCUCUCUGGACGCAUAUCCAAGCAAUGGUGUGAGAUUGGUUUCCAAGGAAACGACCCCAAGACUGAUUUCAGGGGCAUGGGUCUCUUGGGCUUGCACAACCUACUGUAUUUUGCAGAGCAUGAUAAAGCCACCGCUCUCCAAGUUCUUCAUGACUCAUUGCAGCCCAAACACAGGAACCUUUCCAAAGAGGAAGCCAGUAAGAUGAGCAAAGCUGAGUGGGACAAGAAAAAAAUUGACAAGGCGAUUGGAUACUCCUUUGCCAUAGUUGGCAUUAACAUCACAGACCUGGCAUAUUCCCUGCUCGUGAGUGGGGCUCUGAAGACUCAUCUGUACAAUGUGGCACCAGAGAUGCCAAGUCUAGUGCACUUCCAACAGACUUUCUGUUAUCUGAUGCAGGAGUUCCACAGGUUCUGGAUUGAGGAAGAUCCAUGUGACAUCAUGGAGUUCAACCGUGUGCGCACCAAAUUCUACAAGCGUGUCCUGAAGCAGCUGAAGAACCCUGACAUGGCACUGUGUCCUCACUUCACGGCCUCUGACCUUCACCUGGUCAACCUGUAGCUUCUCAUUCAUCUCAACUCUUGUGACACUUCACCUUCUCAUCCUUAAAGCCCAUGUCUCAUUACUGCCAACUGCUUAGCCGGUGUUUUUCUCACACAUUCUCUCACCAAUGUCUCCUUCAGCCCAUCUGACCAGAAGCAACUGAAGAUCACCAGCACUGCUGAAGACCAUGUUGAUUGUACGUGCGCAUGGCAACAGUGCACCUCCUUACAGCUUUCACAAUGAUUGUGAUAUUCACAGCUACUGUAUGCUGAAGUCUUAAUCAGCAUCUGAAUGUGGAUCGGAGGGAAAUCUCUCUUGAUAGGACAGGGCUCCCUAUCUACCAGUAGGUAGAGCUGUUGGUACAUAUUAGGUAAGACAGUGAGCUUCAGCCAUGCGAGAGUUUCUACCCACAUCCACCGCAGAAGGCUGCACUGAUACCAGGCACACUUAGAAACAGGUGGCCCUUGUUUGUAUACAGUAUACUUUUGGAGCUGUUAUAUGAAGGAUAACCUUUCUUUACUUAUUGUGAAUCUGUUAAAGGAACAUUCAAGGUUCAGUACAAAUUCAGCUCAAUCAACAGUACUUGUGGUAUAAUGUUGAAUAUCACAAAAAAAAUAUAUAUAAACAUAUAUAUAUAUAUAUAUAUAUAUAUAUAUAUAUAUAUAUAUGGAUGUUUGUGGUUUACAGUGAGGCACUUACAAUGGAAGUGAAUUGGGCCAAUUUGUAAACAUUAAAAUUCAAUAGUGUAGCCACAAGAUUUAAACAAUAUACAUGUUAACACAGUGUUACUAACCUUUUCUGUCAAGUAUUUUCCAAUUUUAUAACAUUUUUGCCAUGACAACCAUAAAACAACUAUAAAUACAAUGGGGCCGUUUACAUGACACCUAUUUCAACUAAAAACGGAAAACUUUUUAUGCGUUUUGGCCAUUCAUUUACACAAAAACGGCGUUUUGGUGGUCUAAAAACGCAAACUUUUGAAAACGGGUUUCAAAGUGCAAGUUUUUGAAAACGGUCUCAGUGUAAACAACAGAAACGCGAAUCUGUGAAGACGAUGACGUCAUGCACAUGCGCAUUACACGUUCAGUCUAUAGUGUUUCAUCGCCAUCUAAUGGCCGGACAGCAGAAUACAGCGUUUUUAGUCAUUUUCACGGAUUCGUAUGAAUGAGGAUCGUAUGAACUUCUCCGUUUUAAGCAUAUCGUUGUCGUGUAAACGUACCCUUAAACAGCUUGACAACUCAGAAAGUAUGUUUUAACAGUACUUUUAUAAUAUUAGAAGCUUCAAUUUUUUUAAAGAAAACAAAUGGAAGAGUCAACAUUAUUUUUUGUGGAAAUCAGCAUUUCCCACAGAUGCUGUCUGUUGAGCCUUACUUGCGUUGAACUCGGAAUAAUCCAUUAAACUGAAAUUAUUUCUGCUUGAUGCAUUAACAGAUCAUUCAUAAGUUCAUAACUAUUCUCGUCACCAUCAUAUUAUGAAUUCUUCUAUCUAACACUUACAUAGCCUACUUCAUGUUGCCAAGAAGCAGUGCUUAAAAUCAAAUAUUUAAUUGCCAAAUAUGGUAGGAUAAUGUGUGUUUUGUGAAUGUUAUCAUGCAGAGCACAUGAUUGUUUUACAAAUGUAUUAGUGUUGAUGUAAAAAAAUAUGGAAUGUUCCAUUUUUCUGUUCUAGCACCAAAGCAAUAAGUGACGUUUAGAACAGUUAGUAGAACAGUCUUGAUUUCUUUUGCACAAGUGGUGCCUCUAUUGUGUUACUAAGACACUAAUUAUAUAAUAAUUAAUGUACAUCCUAAAGUUUAGCCCUAAGUGUGAGUAUUUCAGGCUUUUUUGGUCUCUUCUGUAUUUCUUUAUCUUUUACAGUUGUCACAUCACAGAUGCAUGUUGCUUUUUUGUUUAUGUUUGUCCAUUAACCCUUUAACAUGAUGGACGGUCACAGGGUUUGCAUGAUGAUUUUGUUUUUGCCUGCAAAAAAGUUGUGUUAUCAGAAUGUCACUUAAUUUUAAUGAUGUCGUUUAUCGGUGCAAUGAAUGUCUAUGCUACUGGCAGUGUUAAGCAGCUUCUUUUUAAUAGCUAUUGGUUGAAUCGUGUUUCCACAGGAAUUUUAAUGUGUAAAAAGUGUCAUAUUUCCCAUUGCAGCACUUUUACAGAUAAAGCACUUGCUGUACAUAAAGCCUUAUAGGUGAAAUACAUCGAAACAUUAUUAAAGCUCUUCAUUACGCAUGGCUGAA